AUAGAGCCUGUGGUCGCUGGUGGCGGACAGAGUUAGACCGACAGCGGAGUUGGUGCGAACGGAGGACCGAGUUAGAGAAAGAGUGUGAGAGUGUUGAAAGAAGAGCGACAGCGUAAACAGUCUGUCCAGCAUGCAAGCCCUCCAGUUCGCCCUUCUCUUGAUCGCGGCUGCGAGCGUAGUCUCCGGCGCUCCCACUUCAUACAACGACGACUACAACUACGAUUACGACUACGGCAGCUACGAGACGGGCGGCAGCGAGUUCCACCUACCGAGCAGCAUGUUCGACAACCUGCGCCCUCAGCCAGUGAAGAGGGAUUCGCCGGUCCAGUCGCCCUGCUCCUGGGCAGUGGUGCAGUGCUGCGGCGUGCCAGAUCAAAUGGGAUCUCGCGCGAGCUGUUUCAGUCGUCUGGGCUGCCCGGGUGCCUGGUUCUCCGACAUCUGCACACCGACCAUCCAGAAGAGUGUCCUCAGGAGCAUCAUCGACUCACAGACCGGCAGGCUCUAGAGGUUGCUGCUCAAACUUCGGCAUCAUCGACUCACAGACCGGCAGACCCUAGAGGCUGCUGGUCAAACUUCAGCAUCAUCGACUCACAGACCGGCAGGCUCUAGAGUAACUUCGGCGCUAUCAGCUUACAUACAUACAGGCUGUAGAGGCCGCUGGUCAAACUUCGGCAUCAUCGACUCACAGACCGGCAGGCUCUAGACUGAGUAACCUCGGCAUCGUCAGCUUACAGACAGGCUGUAGAGGCUGCUGGCCAAACUUCGGCAUCAUCAGCGCACACACCGGCAGGCCCUAGAGGCUGCUGGCCAAACUUCGGCAUCAUCGACUCACAGACCGUCAGGCUCUAGAGGUUGCUGGAGUAACUUCGGCAUCAUCGACUCACAGACCGUCAGGCUCUAGAGGUUGCUGGAGUAACUUCGGCAUCAUCGACUCACAGACCGUCAGGCUCUAGAGGAACUUCGGCAUAGUCAGCUUACAGACAGGCUCUAGAGGCUGCUGGUCAAACUUCGGCAUCAUCAGCGUAAAGACCGGCAGGCUGUCACUGCUGGUCAAGCGGCAGGAUCUAAUAUAGGAGCUGCUGAAUCAGCGUCAUCUUCUUCAGCUAACAGAGUGGCAGGCUUUGAUAGCUGGUGGCUUAGGCUCUGGAAGGUACAGAUUGGCUUGAGAUUCUAGGAGGUCAUGGUCUGACCUCAACAUAAACAAAUCAGAGACAGGGAGGCUCUAGAACCUGCAUUUGUACAUCGGGCUCUAAAAAUGGUUGCUCUGGUUUCCUUCUUCAGGAGCUAAUGGUCAUUCCAGCAUCAGGCGCUCCACAUGCGCUCCGGAGUGGUUCUCUGUGUCAUGCAUUGAAACGUCAAGACUAUAUACGAGAGAUUGCAAUGUUUGGGAUGGCAAUGUGUCCCUUUUUUCAUCGGAUGAUGGAACUUUUGUCAAAUUUGGAAGAUUUGGAUAGUUGCUGGCUGGUUGAAAAAAAGUUGAGAUCGGCAGACGCGUGCCUUAAAGAAAGGUAGAUAGUUUUUUAAUCACCAAAGAUGCAUUGACAUAAAUGCUGUGUCAGUGAAACUUUCCUUUCAUUUAUCAUUGUUGUUGCGUGCAUGCUCGUAGAAGCAAUGAUUGAUAUUUAAUGUGACUUUCGCUGUAGAAUUAGCACACAUUUAGGUAUGUGUUCGUGCUGUCAUGCAGCUAAUGUGUUAUAAUAUUGCAUAGGAUUGGGAUUUUUUAGCAUAUUUUCCUUCUAACUAUGUAUUUUGUACGUGACUAUCAAACGGCCAGUAUUGUCGUAACAAAAGUUGUUCAAUAUUUUAAAUAUGUGUGAGACGCAAACAGCAUCGUCCAGAAUCACUUCGACGCUUGUUUAUAGGUGUGCGUGUUUUUUCGUGAAUCAUGUUUAAGCCUUAUAUAUAUAUUAAACAUG